GUCGGCCACCACGUCUCUCUCUCUCUCUCAUCAAUUAAAAUUGCUUUCAAAUCACUUUCCAAAUUUCAAACCGAAGAAGACCUAAACCCAGGCCGCGCGAUUCGAUCUCUCCAGAUUUUUGUUUGUUUUCCUGAUUUUUUUCUGAAAAAUCGAUAAUGGAGUUUGAUUCGGCUCCUAUCAGUAAGUGCUCCAAAGAACACCAGAAGAUCUACGAAGAAUGGUUCACUUACGCUGAUUCAGAUGGUGAUGGAAGAAUUACGGGGAACGAUGCCAUCAAGUUCUUUUCUCUGUCGAAUUUACCUCGACCUGAUCUCAAGCAGGUAUGGGCAAUUGCAGAUUCCAAACGACAAGGUUUUCUUGGCUUUAAAGAAUUCAUCGUCGCAAUGCAGUUAGUUUCUUUGGGACAGGGUGGGCAUGAGAUGACUAACGAAGUCUUGAAUAGUGAAGUUGACUUCGAAAAUAUAAAUCCUCCUGUUAUGGAAGGUUUGGAUGCAUUACUUGCUAAGAAGAAGCGUUCACCUAAAACAACUGAGCCUGAACUGAAUGGCAGUUUAGAGCAGCAAUCUCCAGCGGCUCAUUGGUUUACUUCUUCAAAUUCUGCAAAAAAGGUGUCUUUGGCCUCUGUUACGUCCAUUAUUGAUGGCCUGAAGAAGUUGUACAUACAGAAAUUGAAGCCAUUGGAAAGUACAUACAAUUUCAAUGAUUUUGUGUCCCCUCCAUUGACAAAUAGUGAUUUUGAUGCCAAGCCUAUGGUUAUGCUGUUGGGUCAAUACUCCACAGGAAAAACAACAUUCAUUAAGCAUUUACUUAAAACUGGUUAUCCAGGAUCUCACAUUGGACCCGAGCCUACAACAGAUAGAUUUGUCGUUGUCAUGAACGGACCUGAUGAAAGAAGUAUUCCUGGGAACACUGUUGCUGUUCAAGCAGAUAUGCCAUAUAGUGGUCUAACAACUUUUGGAACAGCAUUCUUGUCCAAAUUUGAGUGUUCCCAAAUGCGUCAUCCGCUGCUGGAGCACAUCACAUUUGUGGAUACCCCUGGAGUUUUAUCAGGGGAAAAGCAACGAACACAGAGAAGCUAUGAUUUUACUGGUGUGACAUCUUGGUUUGCUGCAAAGUGCGACCUCAUUCUACUUCUAUUCGAUCCACAUAAACUUGAUAUCAGUGAUGAGUUCAAACGUGUGAUUUCGUCUCUAAGAGGUCACGAUGACAAGAUUCGUGUAGUUUUGAACAAGGCAGAUCAAAUAGAUACCCAGCAACUGAUGAGAGUAUAUGGAGCAUUGAUGUGGUCUCUUGGGAAAGUUCUAAAUACUCCUGAGGUCAUGCGUGUUUAUAUCGGCUCAUUCAAUGACAAACCUGUAAAUGAUGCUGCUGCGGGUCCGCUUGGCAAAGAACUUUUUGAGAAAGAACAGGAUAAUCUCCUAGCCGAUUUAAAAGACAUACCGAAGAAGGCCUGUGAUCGUAGAAUCAAUGAGUUUGUGAAACGUGCGAGGGCCGCCAAGAUUCAUGCUUACAUUAUUAGCCACCUUAAGAAAGAGAUGCCUGUUAUGAUGGGCAAAGCUAAAGCUCAACAGAGGCUGAUUGAUAAUUUGGAAGAUGAAUUUGCAAAGGUCCAAAGGGAGCACCAUUUACCGGCGGGAGAUUUCCCGAAUGUUGAGCACUUUAGGGAGGUAUUGAGUGGUUACACCAUUGACAAAUUUGAGAAGUUGAAGCCUAAGAUGAUACAAUCUGUUGAUGACAUGCUUGGCUAUGACAUCCCGAACCUCCUAAAGAAUUUCCGAAAUCCCUAUGAUUAAAGGCUUCAGCUGAUUCGGAUAAUCUACAAAAUGGUGGCUUAUGCUUAUAGCUCAUGGGUGAGUGUAAUCGUGUAUUUUUGUUCGUUGAUUUUCGAGAAAUACUUUUGAGGCUUCACUCAGAUUACCAUUGUCUCUUUGUCAUGUGAAGAGGCUAGAUAGAAAGGUGAAAUUAUGUUCCAUAUGUAAGUUGGCAUUCGUCUAGUUUUGUAGAGAAGUGAUCUUUAUUCAAUUAUUGUAACGAUAAACGCGCCGAACGAGUCGAGUAAGUUAAUGUUCAAGUUUGAUGUGAAAAGAUGGAGUAAUAAGCUUCAAAUA